AUGCAGACCAAACCGAUUCUCGUCAGCCUCCUUGCCUCUGGCCUCGCCACCGCUGGCGUCAAUCCUUACUCGACCCCCGCGGAAUGCACAGUUCCAGCUGUCGCCUAUACUUCUCCGGCCCUACACUUCUCCGACACUUCUCCGGUCUACACUUCUCCGGUCUACACUUCUCCGGUCUACACUUCUCCGGUAUACACUUCUCCGGCCUACACGAAACCGACCAUGUCCACCAUGUCCAGCAUCAGCUUCGAGCAGUACGGCUCUCCCUCUGCCCCCCUAGUUGCCUCUACUUCCCAUUCCUACCCCAAGCCUGCCGAGUACACGCCCAGCUCGAGCCACGUCACCGUCAAAGUCGUCUCUGAGACUACUGGCUGCACCACUUCCAGCUACCCCCAGAAGUCUGGCAUGCACACGACCACGAGCUACAAGCCCAGCACCACGGGCACUAGCACUUACAAGACAAGCACCACGGGCACUUUCAAGACGACUUCGUCUGUUACCCCUACCCACAGCAUCGUCCAGAAUGUCUCUAGCCGCAUGAAUGCACGAGGUGUGGUUGCUGCAACUGUUGUUGCCGUCCUGUUCUUGUUAAUGUAA